ACCCUCCUUCGUGGGCGCGGGACUGAAGCAGUUGGUUUGCUCCUCUCUGCCUGGGAUUCAGUGAGUGCUAUGUGGAGCUCUUAUUUAGGUCGGUUACAGAAGACUAAGAGCAGCUUGCCCAAGGGCAUCCAGUGAACUGAGAGUGAGAGAGAGAGAGUGAGGAACCAACCAGCUCUACAUUCCACUCCAGCGAAAAGCAGGCAAGCAGCGCUAAGAAUAUAGAGGAAGAAAGCAACAACAGGCGCAGAUCCUGAGCAGAGGAAUUCCAGCCUGGGUUUUGCAGUUUGUCCAGAGCUGGUUUGUUGUCGUUCUUGUUUAUUGUUUUGAGCUAGGAAGCAGUUGUUAACUUCGAGUCUUUACGUAAGAGACAGGAGUAGGCAGUAUGUUUGACUGUAUGGAGCCUCUGGGGAUGGGACCCCGGCAGCUCUACGAUGUCACUAACCGUGGCGCGUGUAUGCUGAGGAAGGCGAGCCCCUUCUUCACAGGGCUGGAUCACUUUGCCUGGACGGGGUCUACAGCUGUUCAGUCGGUGGAGACUCAGAGCACCAGUUCAGAGGAGAUGGUACCCAGUUCGCCCUCUCCACCCCCGCCACCUCGCGUUUACAAGCCGUGCUUUGUGUGCCAGGAUAAGUCGUCAGGCUACCACUACGGCGUCAGCUCCUGUGAGGGCUGCAAGGGUUUCUUUCGGCGCAGCAUCCAGAAGAACAUGGUGUACACCUGCCACCGCGACAAGAACUGUCAGAUCAACAAGGUCACACGCAACCGUUGCCAGUACUGCCGCUUGCAGAAGUGCUUUGAGGUCGGGAUGUCCAAGGAAGCUGUGCGGAAUGACCGAAAUAAGAAGAAGAAGGACGUGAAGGAGGAAAUUGUACCGGUUGAGAGUUACGAGCUGAGUGGUGAACUGGAGGAAUUGGUGAACAAAGUGAGCAAAGCACACCAAGAGACCUGCCCUUCAUUGUGCCAGCUGGGAAAAUACACCACAAACUCCAGCUCAGAUCACCGUGUUCAGUUGGAUCUUGGAUUGUGGGAUAAGUUCAGUGAACUUUCCACCAAGUGCAUCAUCAAGAUUGUGGAGUUUGCCAAGCGCCUCCCUGGCUUCACAUCCCUCACCAUUGCUGACCAGAUCACCCUUCUCAAAUCAGCUUGUCUGGACAUUUUGAUGCUGCGGAUCUGCACACGCUACACACCGGAGCAGGAUACAAUGACGUUCUCAGAUGGACUCACUCUGAACCGUACUCAGAUGCACAAUGCAGGCUUCGGUCCACUAACUGAUUUGGUCUUUGCUUUUGCUGGGCAACUUUUACCGCUGGAGAUGGAUGAUACCGAAACAGGCCUCCUCAGUGCCAUCUGUCUCAUCUGUGGAGACCGUAUGGACCUAGAAGAGCCCCAGCGUGUAGAUCGUCUACAGGAGCCCUUGCUGGAGGCACUGAAAAUCUAUGCCCGCCGCCGCCGACCCAACAAACCCCACAUGUUCCCACGGAUGCUAAUGAAGAUCACAGAUCUGCGUGGCAUCAGCACCAAAGGAGCAGAGAGGGCAGUCACUCUGAAAAUGGAGAUCCCGGGCCCAAUGCCACCUCUGAUCCGGGAAAUGCUGGAGAACCCGGAAGCGUUUGAAGAGCAGCCGGAGUGCAGCGAGAGCAAAACCGAGCCAGCUUCUUCUGUUCCUCCUCCUCCUCCAUCAGUUCCCCCGUUCACCAUGAAGACCGAGCGUGAAGAUGAGGAAGAGAGCUGGGCCACUGAGAACGGAAGUGAGCCAUCACCGGAGGAGGAGGACGACGAAGACGAAGAUGCCGAGGAAGAGAGGGGAACAGACAGUGACGGAGAGGCCUGGUCUGGUCAGGAACCCAGUAUGGACAUGUCCAGAAAGAGCCAUAGUGGAAGGGCCCAAUGAGCAGGCUUCUUCUCUGUAAAAACACACCCACACCUCAUACCAACACCUUUAUUCCUCUUUCCCCUCGGUUACCCUGCUCUCACAGCAAUCUGCCCCUGUAGGGGUAAAAACAGAGCCUUAUAUCCGUACAGCUAGCCCUAACUCAGGCCUCGUGGUCAGCAAUGAGACACACGUGCACAGUGCGUGAAGUCUUGAGAUGGACAGCUCUUCUCAGGAACUCUGCAAAAAGGGCAAGAGGGAAGACGCGAGAUAAAACAAAUGACUGUACAGACAAAACAGUUACUUUUUAUACUAUCAUGUUUGUAUUAAAGAUAAAGGAGGAGCCAUAGAGAAAGACACAACAUUCAACAGUCAACGGGUUCAGCAAAAAAGCUGCAAGGCAAAACAAACAAACAUACACAAAAAAAAAUCAGCGAAUAACUUUUUGGAUGCAUUUGAAUACCAUUUUGAUUUUUUUUUUCAGCCUCUUUACUUUUUUAUGAAUAUGCCCAUACAUAUCUAUAUACCUUUUUUAUAUUUUUGUCUUUGUAUACUAUUUCUUCAGUUAUACAUUGUUUGGAUAGCUUUCCUAAGGAGAAACGGAGAUGAUCUAAAAAUUAUUACAGGCAGACGUCUACCGAGUCUGUACGCAGACGUUCGGCUGGGCUCUCAAGCACUUGGCUCAUUGUAGACAUCGGCGCUAAUCAGUUCGCUAGGUUGUCUCUUCCUUGACUCCUGCUAGUUGAUCAAUGUUUUAAGAACUGGGAUUACUGAUAUGAGUUCUGGUUCCUGAAGCUGCACUACCUUCCUGGAAUGGUGUUUUUGUGCCAAAGCAUGCAGUUUAUAACGUGGCAAAGAGUGUCAGCUGUCAGUGAUCCCCUCUAAAGCCAAACUCUAAGGAGUAAACUUAAAGUUCGUACACAAGGCAGGCUGUAUAUGCUAACCGUUCAGAACGUUCACCUCUUUAAUGUUCUUUUGAGAUGUGAAUUCCAGAAGAAUGCUUCUCUAAGAUUUUCAUGCACACAUGAAAAUAGCCACAUCUUAUAUAACCACGUUACCCCUACAUAUCGAAAGCACAUCCAACAUGCCGACAGAACUCUUUCUAUAUAUAAAAAUAAAACACAAACUCCAACUCAGGGCAUUUCGGUGAGGACCAAACGCUAGCUGCCUGCAGGCAUGCUGCAAAAACAGCAAUAUUUAUGUGUGUGUAGUAUUGAAUAUGUUCGCUCAGUUUAGAUGUCCUACUUGGAAGUGGUGACAUCUCCAGACCUUAGUAAAGCCAUUGUUAACUUUUAUAUGAUCUCUUUUAUUAUAGAAAUGAUGGUGGGGUUUUUUUUGUAAUAUACUGCCAAAAAGAAAAACACAGCAUGCAAUUAGGUGACCAUGUGUAAUGUGCCACUUUUACAGUUAUGCAAUACAGAAACCAGUUGUGUGUGUUUGUCUCUGGGAUUGUGAGGUUUGUUGAGCAUAGAUUUGGAUUGAUGAAUGUCAUUUGUGUGGUGCUAAAACACUGAGAAUGUGAACGUGCACCCACUCUUCUUUACACACACACAAACGCGUAAGCACCAUCGCCUCGCCUCUCUCAUGCACACUCAUGUCUGUCCUGUUUGUUCAGAAACACACACACAUCUCUCCUGGCACCUUGUGGAGUGUAGCACCUCCUGUAACAUGUUGCUAUGUUGCAAACCGAAUGUUGACCUUAUGUCGUCUGCUCAUUUUCCUCAAAUCGUCCUCAAUUUGGCUGAGGCUCCCCCCCCCCCGAUUCCCUAUUCAUGUUCAAGCAGCUCUGUUAUAUAAAGAAAAGCCAUAUAAACAUUCAGAGGCAAUAAAUGACUGAUUGCAA